CAUCAACCGUUAAUUUCUCAGCCAACCCUUUUUCCCAAACACACACAACACGACACACGAAACACGGCUUAAUCGGUACACCUGCAAACCUCUCAUCGGAAUCUCCAUCGACUUAUUGAUAAGAUGAUAAACUUCAGGCCGUCGGAGACUCGAACCUCCACGACGAGUUCAUCCGUGACUGCGGAGAAAGCGUUUUCGUUCAUAUCGAAGGGAUGGAGAGAAGUGAAAGAUUCGACUGAAGCGGAUCUCCAGUUGAUGAAAGACAGAGCGACGUCGUUCAAGAACCUUGCGUCUUCGCUUGAUCGGGAGUUUGAGAAUUUUCUUACUUCUGCGUCAAGAUCGACGUUUCCGGUAGCUGCUAUCGCGAAUUCUUCGUCUCCGACUCCGGCGGAGAUUGAUUUCGUGAAAAAUUUGCAGCCGAAGCUUUCUGAGUUCCGUCGAGCGUACUCUUCACCGGAUUUUAGUAAGAAAGUUCUGGAAAAGUGGAGCCCUAGAGCUAAGAUUAGGAUCGAUUUGUCGGCGAUAAAGAAUGCUAUAGUAUCGGAGGUGGAGGAAAUUGAUGAGAGAGAGAGGUAUAGAAGGAGGUCGAGGACGAGGGUUGGGGAUUUUAGCUGGGAGUGGAAAGGAGAAGGGAUUGGGGACGCCGAGGAAGGGCAGCUUUCUCGAAAUUGGGAGCCGAUUAGGGCAUUGAAAACGCGGUUACGGGAAUUGGAACAGAAGAGUUCGUCUUCAGAGAUUAUCGAAAGCCUCAAGAACAGUGAACUAGUCGAGAAAGUUAAAUCUACUCUGAAAGCAAUCUGUAAGGAACCAGAGUACUCAAAGGAAGUCCCACCUUUAGAUUUCCAAGAACUUCUGGCAUGUCUAGUUAGACAAUCCGGGCCAUUUCUAGAUCACCUUGGUGUCAAAAAAGAUAUAUCUGACAAGAUAGUUGAAAGCCUAUGCAACAAAAAGAAAAACCAACUUUCAUUGAGGUCAUUUCCCACAGGAGAAUCAUCCAUUCUUGAAGGCGAUAACAUAAACGAUGAACUCGAUUUAAGAAUAGCAAGUGUGCUUCAAAGUACAGGUCAUCAUUACGAUGGUGGGCCAUGGGAUGAUGUCAGCAAACGAGAUGGAAAAAGACACGUAGCCAUUGUUACAACUGCUAGUCUCCCAUGGAUGACAGGAACAGCUGUCAAUCCCUUAUUUCGUGCAGCAUUCUUAGCAAAAUCCCAAAAACAAAGUGUCACACUUUUAGUCCCUUGGCUCACCCAAACAGAUCAAGAAUUAGUCUACCCAAAUAAUAUUACAUUCACCUCCCCUGAAGAACAAGAAGUUUACAUUCGCAACUGGCUCAAAGAAAGAGUAGGCUUCAAUGCCGAUUUCAAAAUCUCAUUCUACCCCGGAAAGUUUCAAAAAGAAAGGCGAAGUAUAAUCCCAGCUGGCGAUACUUCAAAAUUCAUUUCAUCAAAAGAUGCUGACAUUGCAAUCCUUGAAGAACCAGAACAUUUAAACUGGUAUCACCAUGGUAAAAGAUGGACUGAUAAAUUCAAUCAUGUUGUUGGAGUUGUUCACACAAAUUAUUUAGAAUACAUUAAACGCGAAAAAAAUGGCGCCCUACAAUCCUUUUUUGUCAAACACAUAAACAAUUGGGUCACACGUGCCUAUUGUGACAAGGUUCUUCGGCUUUCGGCUGCAACUCAAGAUUUACCUAAGUCAGUUGUUUGCAAUGUUCAUGGAGUGAAUCCAAAGUUUUUGGAAAUCGGGGAGAGAAUGUCGGCUGAAAAAUUCUCGAAGGGGGCGUAUUUUUUGGGGAAAAUGGUUUGGGCUAAAGGAUACAGGGAGUUGAUAGAUUUGUUAUCCAAACAGAAGAAUGAUCUUAAUGGGUUUAAAAUUGAUGUUUAUGGAAAUGGUGAAGAUGCUAAUGAAGUACAAAUCGCUGCAAAAAAAUUAGAAUUAAAUGUCGAUUUUAUGAAAGGUCGUGACCAUGCUGACGAUUCUCUUCACAGUUAUAAAAUCUUUGUAAACCCGAGUGUGAGCGAUGUCCUCUGCACAGCAACAGCUGAAGCACUAGCGAUGGGUAAAUUUGUAAUUUGUGCAGACCACCCUUCGAAUGAAUUCUUCAGAUCAUUUCCCAACUGUUUAACCUACAAAACUCCUGAGGAAUUUGUGAAUAAAAUUCGGGAAGCAAUGUGUAGUGAGCCACACCCGUUGACACCAGAACAGAGAUACAAUCUUUCAUGGGAAGCAGCUACACAAAGAUUCAUGGAGUUUUCAGAUCUUGACAAGAUUCUGAAUAAUAAUAAUUUGGAAAUGGAAGGUGGUGUUAGAAAGUCAAAAUCAGUUCCCAAUUUGACUUCUGUGGUGGAUGGAGGGUUGGCUUUUGCGCAUUAUUGUUUGACUGGGAAUGAGUUUUUGAGGCGGUGUACGGGUGCGGUUCCUGGGACACGGGAUUAUAGUAUGCAACAUUGUAAAGAUCUUCGGUUGUUGGCCCCACAUGUGGAGAAUCCUAUUUAUGGUUGGUAAAUAGAUGGAAAAUAAAAUUGGAUAUUAGGGUUUGUUUAUAUAUUGGUUGAUAUUUGAUAAUGCCUAACCACACUUUACUUUGUUGCUAGUUAGUGUAGUUGGAUAUUAGGGUUUAUAUAUUGGUUGAUUCUGUCCGUAUAGCGUUGGUGAACACAUUAGGUUUUUGUUUGUUUACGUGAUUGGAAUUUGUCAUUUGUGUGCUAUUAUAGAUUUGUUUUGUAAUUAUUGGUA